AUGUCACAAAACAGCCAAGCUUACACGAUCGGUCUCGCGGUCGCUGAGAAAUAUCGUGCCGAUCCCGGGACCUUGGGCACCUACAUGUCAAACGAGGGAGAAGUGACUUUGAGCAGAAACAAUGGUGGACCUCUUACUUGGGAGUUUUACGGUCCAUGUGGAACAGCGAACGGCACCUUCCCCGAAGCUCAUGGUGACAAGUCUGAAAACAUGCCACUGGGUCCCUUGUCAUCCUUGGGACCCGAAGAAAGUCCAUGA